CUGAGCAGGGGUUUCCCGGAAUUUUUGAGUUUUGACUUUUGAUUUCCUUUCCGGACAGUAAUUUAAUUUAUCACGAUAUUAAAAGAAUAAGAGAAUAACGAGAAUAGGAUUAGUCAUUACAGAAUUACAGAGAAUCAACAAAAAAAAAAUGACAUGAAACUUGCAAGUGUUCUGGAUCCAUUUGUAACAAAUAAAACUGAAGUAGUUAUAUCUUGAAAUAAGCAGAUUUAUCGAAGUGCCAUGGAUACAAAAAAUCCACACCAACCGGAAAUUAAAGAAUGGAGUGACAGCAGGUGUCUCGAAAUUGCUUCACAAGACCAAUUCCCGGCAGCUGUCAAAGAACUUAAGGUCCAGAGAAACAUUAUCAGCCGUUACCUUAAUUUUUAUUUGGGUGGAAAGAUUCAAAAAGGGUUAAAUGCUAGGGAUCUUACAUUGGCGGUGGUAGCCAUUAUGCCAAUCUCCUCAAGCUCUGAAGAAUUUAUAUGGCCUGAAUCAGAAUACAGUGAGAAUGGUAACUUAUUUUUUUUAACACCAGAUGACAAAUUAAAGUACGAUCUAAAUAAAGUGUUAGAGAAGAGGAACAAUGAAAAGGAUCAAUUGAACAAUGAACAGGGUGCUAAUCAAUUAGAUAUCGAUGUAGAUGAAUGUAUGAACAAAGUAGACGAUGAUAUCACCAACAAUAAUUCUGAAACAGAUCAUGACUCAGAAAAUGAAGAGGAAACUAGCUCUGAACAAGAAACUACAAAAGACCAGGAAAAUGGCCCAUCAACCAGUGCACCAUCUGGUUCUAAACCUGUACCAAGUAUAACAACCCUACAAUGGUAUAGGUUAAAACGAGAUAAUCCCACUAACCAAAGUCCCGCAAAUGAAACAAUUUAUGGUCCAGUGGAAAAUGCUAAGUUCUGUACUGCAUGUAACAGACUCCUUGAUGCAUGGGAACACAAUAUGAAAGGCAGAAAUUCUUUAAAAUAUUUCUUUGCGAUGGCAGCUUUAUUUGUAAUGAGAGCUAAAGCGAAAACCUUUCAUAAUCUAACAAAAUAUUUCUCCAAGAGUAUUGUUAACCUUUCCCCUUACACUGUACCUCAUAGAGGAUUUUUAAAGAAAAGCUGGAAAGCUUUUCGCGAGACUGAUCGCAGGAAUCAGGUAAUGUUUGCGAAGUUGGUGAUAACUUCACUGAUGCAUCCUACAAGAUUGGGCAACUAUGUACAAAACAAUAUAAUAAAAUAUGCUGUAUUAUCCCAUACAGCUUACUUUGGAAUGGGCAUCAUAAAUAUGUUGCAUCAACUUGCUGUUUUUAAUAAUUCUGAAUUCAAAAUUUUAUUUAAAUCAUUACAUUCAGAUGAGACGGCUGCAUCUUGGAAUAGAGUUAAUGAUUUCUUUAAAAAAUAUUUGAAUAAGGAAGCUGAGCAAUACACUAUCCAUUGGGCUGGUAUCAUUGAGAGUGAGUCGGUCAAACAUCUGUCCUGCAGCAAUAAUUAUGAGCUGGCCGUGGUGAUUGCAGUGUUUGUUGAGAAACUGACAAAUAACUCAGGAGUAUGGCAAUCAGCCUGGGUUGGCAAAGGAAGUCAACUAGAGAAGUGUAAACAGCUUGGGUAUAAGAUGUACAGUGAUUAUCAAACACUGGAAAAAAAAUAUCAAAACUAUACACUUGAAUUAAAAAAAAUAUUAUUUUAAUUAAAUCUUUUCAGUAUGUAUUUUUCACCUAA